AUAAAAAAGAAGACCCGAGACAGACCUGCGUGGCGUCGGGAUUUGUCCUCCGUGCUCUUCCUCGCGAUGUGUCUGUCUUCCUAUCGGUUAUCUUCGCCGUCGCUGUUGGAAUUUGCCGUCGUCGUCGUCCAUAUACGGUGAGUUUCCCUCAGUCUCCUCCGUCUGGGUAUCUAGGGUUUUCAUUAUCCGGCCACUCCCCGACCCCGGCGAGGCCGACCAGUCACUGGGCUUUGAAGUGUUUGGCAUUUGAGCACCGCCUGAGUGAGUGGAGACACGGAAAGGGACACGAAAUGGAAAAUUCCGUUGCGUUGUUCGGAGAAGAGAAACUUGAUUUCGGCUGGUUUUGUCGGUCUGGCUUAGUCGAAUAAACCUGGUGUUUGGGUUCAUUGGGGGUUUUUUUGGCUCAAAAUUGCGUAUUCGACCACCUGUUCUGCUGUUUUCUCCGGAAAUAUCGCCUGAAAACUGACCGGGAGCUCUGUUUUGAUCAUCUGGUCGCCGAUUUCGUUGAAAUUGUUAGAGGUUAGUGGAAUUUUAGGUUUAGACUAGUGAAUCGUCUUGCAAUCGUGUUAGGAUCCAAGGACUAACGGGUACAUUCGGUCUCUUCGUUUCUCAAAAAGUAUCUGAGGGUUUCCUGAAACCUGGAGCUUUUCUGCUAAUAGUAUUUUUUAAAACGGUUUGGGCUUUGUGGAGUCAGCUUGUCCUCCCAUUCUCUCAUUUUUCAGUCUUACAUUUGAAGCUCUGAUCUUGUGGAUAUGGGUGAAUCAAACAGCAAUGGUUCCUACAACAACAGUUCCUCGGAUGAUGAUGAGGAAAAUGAGAGCAGGGGUUUUAACCUGGGGUUUAUGUUUGGAAAUGUUGACAACUCAGGGGAUUUAGAUGCUGAUUACCUUGACGAGGAUGCCAAGGAACAUCUUUCGGCGUUGGCUGAUAAGCUGGGUACAUCUCUCCCAAAUAUAGAGAUGUUGGAAAAAUCUGAACACACGACAGAUGACACAGCUGAACAAGAUUAUGAUAGAAAAGCUGAGGAUGCUGUUGAUUACGAGGAUAUCGACGAAGAAUAUGACGGCCCUGAGAUUCAAGUAGUCAGUGAGGAAGAUCAUCUACUGCCUAAAAAAGAGUAUUUUGCAGCUGAAGUUUCUUUUGCUAGUUUGAAGACCAAGUCUUCUGUAUUUGACGAAGAAGAUUAUGAUGAGGAAGAAGAAAGUGAGGUGCAUGAUAUGGUCAAAAGAGAUUUUGACACAACAGAGAUCGAGCCAGUUGUCUGCAAGGAAGACAAGCCCUUGGAGUCUGUAGAGCUUAGCAAAGGGGAAACUGAGGAGCAGGCAGAUACAGAAGAUGUUGAGAAGGAGGUGGAUGACUCUGUGGAAGGCUCACUAGAUGACAAAAGUUCUGCUCCGCUGCCUACUCUGUAUGUGGAAGAUGGUACGGUUAUCUUACGGUUCUCAGAGAUAUUUGCUAUUCAGGAGCCACCACAAAAGCGAGACAAGAGAGAACGUAGAUAUUUCACUUAUAGAGACAAAUACAAAUCUAUGGACAUCUCUGAGCUUGUUGAAGAUGAUGAUGAGGUGUUCCUGAAGAGCCGUAAUAGGAUUUAUUCGCAUGCAAAACCAAAUGACAUGAUUCUGCAGGAUACUUCCUCACCAUAUAGAGAGGGUCCAGAUCUGCCCAGAGCUGGUUGUUGCCAGAGUAGUACACUGAUAUAUAGAGAACUUACCGAGCUACGAAGAGACUCUUGUAUCAUGGGUGAACCAUUGAAAGGGGACGUAGCAGAUGAUAAUUUAUCUUCAGGGGAGUCUCAAUUGUCUGAGGAAGUUUUCCCACUUGACCAGCAAGAAUGGGAACAGCAAAUUCUUUGGGAAACUUCUCCUCCAGUUAGUUGUAGUUCUGAGGAGAACAUUGCAUUUUCUGGAGUUGAAACGGAAGGUGUAUUGGUCAGAGGAAUGAAACCAGUGACUGAACAAGAUCGCUUAGGUUCAAUGAAUUCUAAAAAUGAUGGUCAGGCUGAUCGUAACAUGGUCUUGUCUUUCUCUGCCAAUCUCUUGGAUUCCUUUGGCUCAAGAGGUCCUCAUCCUUCGUCUGAGUCCCUCUAUGAAAGCAGAUAUCAUCCUCAACUCCUCAGGUUAGAAUCUCAGUGGAAGAAGGAUGACCCUAGUGAAAAUGAUGAUGUUGGAGGAGGAAAUUUAGAGCAACUUGAAAGUGGUGAUCUUAGGCGGUUUAGUGGACUUGCAAUGCAAGAGAGAGAUAAGGCGGAUGAAGCAUGGUUAGACAGUAUAAUAUGGGAACCAGAUAAAGAGUUGAGAAGGGCUAAAUUAAUUUUCGAUCUUCAAGAUGAGCAGAUGGUCUUUGAAAUUCCAGAUAAUGAGGACAGUAAACAUCUUCAACUUCAUGCAGGGGCCAUGAUUGUAUCUCGACCUUUUAAAUCCAUGGACGGAAGUUUGCUGGAAGGCUGUGAAUCCAAUAUGAGCUGGGACUUUAAUAUUUCUAAUGACAAGUUCUAUAUGAAUGGAAAAACCUCUCAGCAGUUGCAAUCAAAUUCUAAUAAAGGUGGGGUUCACAGUUUGAGAGUUUUCCACUCAGCACCAGCAAUUAAAUUGCAGACUGUGAAGAUAAAACUGAGCAACAAAGACAUUUCAAAUUUUCACCGGCCAAAAGCUUUGUGGUAUCCACAUGAUAAUGAGCUAGCUAUCAAGCAGCAAGGAACUUUAUCUUCCCAAGGAUCAAUGAAGAUUGUUGUUAAGAGUCUGGGGGGUAAAGGAAGCAAGCUACACGUAGACAGAGAGGAAUCUGUAUCUUCUUUAAAAGCAAAGGCUUCUAAAAAGCUAGAUUUUAAGCCAACAGAAACAGUGAAAAUGUUCUAUUUGGGGAAGGCACUUGAGGAUGACAAGUGCCUCGCUGCUCAAAAUGUUCAACCAAACUCCUUGGUCCAUCUUGUGCGCACCAAAGUACAUCUGUGGCCUCAGGCUCAAAAGCUUCCGGGCGAAAAUAAAUCUUUGAGACCUCCUGGAGCAUUCAAGAAGAAAUCCGACCUGUCUAUCAAAGAUGGUCAUGUUUUCUUAAUGGAGUACUGUGAGGAGAGGCCAUUGCUGCUGAGCAAUGCAGGAAUGGGUGCAAAUUUAUGCACGUAUUAUCAGAAGUCAUUCUCAGGGGAUCAAAGUGGGCAAUUGUUGCGCAAUCAAAGUGAUACAUUAGGGAAUAUUAAGAUUCUUGAACCUGGUGAAAAGUCCCCUUUCCUUGGGGAGAUGCGAGCUGGUUGCAGUCAGUCUUCUAUCGAAACAAAUAUGUAUAGAGCACCCAUUUUUCCACAUCGGGUGCAAUCAACAGAUUAUUUGUUGGUCCGAUCUGCGAAAGGAAAGCUCUCUCUAAGGCGUAUUGACAGGAUAGCUGUUGUUGGACAACAGGAACCCUUGAUGGAGGUAAUGACUCCUGGAUCGAAGAAUCUACAGAUGUACUUGGUGAACAGGAUGCUGGUUUAUGUGUACCGAGAAUUUAUGAAGCGUGGUAUGCGCCAGCCAAUUGCUGCAGAUGAGUUGUCAUUCCUGUUUUCUAACCUAUCAGAUGCAAUCAUCAGAAAAAACAUGAAAGCUUGUGCUGUUUUGAAGAGGGAUAAAAGUGGCCAACCUUGCUGGUUCAUGAGACAUGAUUUUCACGUUCCACCUGAGAAUGAACUUAAAAAGAUGGUGGCUCCAGAGCAUGUGUGUGUAUAUGAGAGUAUGCUAGCUGGACUAUAUCGCCUCAAACAUUUAGGAAUCACACGACUAACAUUGCCUGCCAGCAUCUCAACUGCAAUGACUCAACUCCCAGACGAAGCUAUUGCUCUUGCUGCUGCAUCACAUAUCGAGAGGGAGUUGCAGAUAACUCCAUGGAACCUGAGCAGUAAUUUUGUUGCAUGUAAAACUCAGGACAGAGCAAAUAUCGAACGUCUUGAAAUUACUGGUGUUGGUGAUCCAUCUGGCCGGGGCCUAGGAUUCAGCUAUGUCCGAGCUGCACCAAAAGCACCAGCUGCGGGUGGGCUUACGAAGAAAAAGGCAGCAGCAAGUCGAGGGGGUUCCACUGUCACAGGUACGGAUGCUGAUCUUCGCAGAUUAAGCAUGGAGGCUGCUCGAGAGGUACUCCUCAAGUUCAAUUUUCCCGAUGAGAUAAUCGCUAAGCAAACUCGAUGGCACCGUAUAGCUAUGAUACGAAAACUAUCAAGUGAGCAGGCUGCAUCUGGCAUUAGGGUUGACUCUACAACCAUAGGUAAGUAUGCUCGUGGGCAGAGAAUGUCUUUCCUGCAGUUGCAACAGCAGGCCCGGGAAAAGUGUCAGGAGAUUUGGGACCGGCAACUUCAGUCCCUAUCGGCUUUUGAUGGCGAUGAGAAUGAGAGUGAAUCGGAAGCAAACAGUGACUUAGAUUCCUUUGCUGGGGAUCUAGAAAAUCUACUUGAUGCUGAGGAGUGUGAGGACGGGGAAGAGGCUACUAAUAUGUCAAAGCAUGCCAGGUUGGAUGGUGUUAAGGGCCUCAAGAUGAGGCGGAGGCCUCAAGUUGAAACACAAGAGGAGAUUGAAGAUGAAGCUGCUGAGUAUGCUGAGUUAUGUCGAUUGCUCAUGGAGAGUGACGAUCAGAAGAAGAAAAAGAAGAAAGCAAAGGCCACGGGAGGAGUGGGAUCCUUUCCUCCUUCACGGCCCAUUAUAAAUGUUCAGACUGUUGAAUCUCUUAGAAAAGCCAAUGUCAUUGACAAGAAACCAAUAGUCUUCCAAUCUGGUCCAUCUUUCUCAGGAAAUGAGAAUAUUGUUAGAGACACCACAAUUGUUGAUAGCUCUAUUAUUAGGCCUCCGAAAAUAAAACAAGUUAAAGAGAAUGGUACACCGUCUCUAGGUCAGCCAAAGAAGGUCAAAAUACUGGGUGAUAACUUAAAGGUUUUCAAGGAAAAGAAAUCAGCAAGAGAGAACUUUGUUUGUGGAGCCUGUGGUCAGCAUGGACACAUGAGAACCAAUAAACACUGCCCCAAGUACAGAGAAAAUACAGAAUCACAGCAUGAAGAUAUGGACAUGGAAAAGUCUGCUGGAAAACCGAAUGUUUCAGAUAUUUCUGGACAGACCAAGACAAAACCUGUAAAGAGCAAACCUGCAUCAAAAAGCAUAAUGAAAGUUCCAUUAGCUGAAGCUCCUGAGGGGGAGACUUCAACUUCGAAGACGAAAGGCCUACCUUUGAGAUUUAGGUAUGGUGGGCCCGCUGGUGGAGGCCUGGUAGAUAUACCUGUUCCAGAAGCUCCAGGAAGUUCCGACCUAGCAGCUGCGUCUGAUUUGGAAACUGUGACUAAGUCUGCAUCCAGGAUCAGCAAAAUCAAGAUUUCGAAUAAGGCAAAGCCCGAAGAGUUACAAGUUGAAUCUGAUAGACCAUCACAGUCUAUACUGCCUUCUGUGGGCAGAGAUAGAUAUCUGAGCGAAUCUCACAAGCCCUCUGUUUCUGGUCAACCCUUGUCUAGUACAGAACGAGAGCAGGUCAUCCCGAGCAGGCUUAUUCCGCAGCCUUCAAUGAGCACGGAUAGAGAUCAAGCUGAAUCUGGGAGGUUACAUCUAGUGAUACGGCCACCAGCAGAAAGAGAACAGCCUCAGAAGAAACUUGUCAUAAAACGUUCUAAAGAGAAAUUCGAUCAUGACUGGAGUAGUCUUGAAGAGAGUCCACAAUUUGAGUCGAGGAAAACAAAAAGAAUGGCUGAUCUUGCAGGCUAUCAGAGGCAGGAAAGUUUCAGAUUAGCAGAGGACUCGUUAAAGCGGAGACCCAAAGUGGAAAGAGCUUGGUGGGGAGAAGAGGAAGGUGCAGAAAGGCACAUGGAAGGAAGGGCAAGGAGAGGUUACGAUGAUUCGGCUGUAUCGGAUGAACCUGAAGAGAUAGUUGAGAUUAGAAGAUACGAAGAAGUUAUAAGAAGGGAAAGGGAGGAAGAGGAACGUGCAAAAGCCAAAAAGAAAAAGAAGAAAAAGAAGCUUCAACCCGAAGUAAGAGAAGAAGUAUAUUUAGAUGAUUACCCUUCAAGAAGAAACGAUAGAAGAAUAGCAGAAAGAGGACGGAGCUCCAGAAGCCGAUAUGUAUCCGAGCUUGACAGAGACGGAGCAGAGUAUGCACCUCAGCCAAAACGGCGAAGAAAAGGAGAGGUUGGUCUGUCAAAUAUCUUGGAGGGCAUUGUGGAUACACUGAGAGCAAACCAAGAAGUGGCAUACCUUUUCUUGAAACCCGUAUCGAGGAAGGAGGCUCCGGAUUAUCUAGACAUCGUGAAACGGCCGAUGGAUCUGUCAACGAUCCGAGAAAAGGUACGGAGAUUGGAAUACAAGGACCGAGAGCAGUUCAGGCACGACGUUUGGCAGAUAAAGUUCAACGCUCAUCUGUAUAACGACGGGCGAUACCCCGCAAUCCCGCCACUGGCAGAUCAACUGCUGGAGAUUUGUGAUUAUUUGUUGGACGAAUAUGCUGACGAUAUAAAUGAAGCAGAGAAAGGUAUAGAUCCCAAUGACUGAGAGAGACACUACUGAGUGAGAGAGAGAAUAGCAUUUGUAUUGUAGUUUUGUUUCAAGGCAAAAUUGGGUAGGUUUUUUAGUUAUUGUAUGAAAAACUACCCUCUGUAAAAAAACAGCCAGAAUGAGAAAACAAAUUCAUAAUCUGCGUUUUCUAUUGGUAAUUACUAAAAUUUACGGUGUGAUUGGAGAUAU